CUACGCUAUUGUUUUGGUAUUAAUUGUGUAAAAGUUACAGACUUAAAUUAAUUAAAUAAUGGGGAAAGCAAUGAGUGUCAUAACGUCACCUUUCAAAUAUUAUAAUAUAGAAAGUAGGGCACAUAAAGUCAUCAGUCAGUCGAAACCAGUAGUGGCUCCAAAAUUCAAAGAUACAAUUAAAGAUUUGGAAAGAGUACUUAAAGAUCAUCCAGAGAUAAUAGAGCAAGCCGGUAAAAAGGAUGCUGGACUUGAUAAUCGAUUAAAACAAGUUUUUGUAACAUCUUCCCAUGAAAUUGAUCAGAAGCGAGUAAUAAAUCCAGAUCGUCCACUUCCAACAAAUAAGCACUUUGCAGGAUUCUUUGAGCUAGGAUAUCAAGAGCCAGAGUUUUUAACACCAGGAAAAGUGACAUUAAAGCAAAUCCUGCAGUUUUUAGGUGACUAUAGGCUUCAUCCAGACGAAUGGACAGCAGAAAAGAUAGCACUGGAAUAUAAAUUGAAGCUAGAGGAUGUUAAAAUGAUGUUAGAAUAUUACAAACUAUUUGCUCUUUAUGUGCCUGAAAAAGGAGAUGAAAAGAAGAGAAAAUUGCUAAAGCAGCAAGAAACAAAGAAUUUUAAUCAAUUGCUGAAACAGUCAACAGACAAAAUUACAUUCUUGCCAGACGAGAAUCAACGUAAGCCGUCAAAUAAAGAAUAUCCAACACGUAGUGAUUAUAAGGAAUAGAAUGAAUUGUUUAAAUGAAUUAAUUUUAGAAUAAAUUAGAAUUUUUUGGUCUUAC